CGAGAUUGUUUAUAAAUUGAUAAACUCCUGUAAUCAGUUUGACUUUGACAUUUCCUAAAUUGUUAUCUAACCUCACUUGGCCGAUUUUUUUACUUGUUACAAAAUUACGAUGGCUUAUGACUUAAAACAAGAAGAAGACGUGAAGGAGUACAUAGAAAACCUCGGUAUUGAAUACCGCUUUGGUUGUUACAAAGAGAAAAAGCCGGAAGUAUGCCACCUUUUGGGCGAUUACUUGGAGUCAAUAAAGAAAGAUUACGAAAAAGCGGGGAAAGUGUACAAAAGCAACUGUUUAGAUUACAAAUUCGGGAAGUCAUGUCUGAAGAUCGGGAAUUACACGAUGAUAGGGCGCGGGAGGGAUAAAGGUGAUACCGCCGAAGCUUUGAAAUACUUCGAGAAGGGAUGUGAAUACAACGAGCCGGGGGCGUGCUUGCAUGCUGGCAUGCUGCUCACUGCCACUGGGCCCGGCGUUAAUAUACAAAGAGAUGUGCCUAAAGGUUACAACUACCUCAAAUUAAGUUGCGAUCAAAAUGACCCGAUGGCUUGUCACUACCUCUCUGGAAUGUACCUCACCGGUGUACCUAAAAACGUAGCAGACUUCAACCCACACAGACCAGAGAAGAACAAAGACAUUGAAUACCUUAUUAAAUCAGAUAUGAAGCAAGCAUUUCAUUUUGCGAAAAGAGCUUGUGAACUAGGAAAUAUGUUUGCAUGUGCCAAUGUCAGUAUGAUGUAUAAAAGAGGUGAUGGUGUUGAAAAGAACCCAGAGGAAUCGAAGCGGUACUUUGAAAUUGCACAAACUCUACAAAAGGCACAUGAAACUACAAAAGAAAUCAAAUUCCAGCAAGGCUUAGAUGGCAAAUAGUAUGAUCUGGGGUUUCCAAUGUUGCAUUUAUGUGUUUCAGUUGUAUAGCAAAUUGUUGUAGAUUUGAUUAUGUUGUAUAAAAAUAAAUUAUUAUUAUUAAUA